GGGGGUAUUGACGGCCAGGCUAGGUAAGCAUACCCUUAUUUUUAAUGUAGUUCACUAACCUGCGAUAUACCAGACUGGGAUACAAUCACGCUUAUGAAUGCCGGCCUGUUACGCUCGCAGAUAUCGACAAAGUUAAGUCGAAGAAAUCAUCGAAGUUUGUUCUUCAGCAUGCAAAACUUUGAAAAGCCUAUGAAAUAUUUUCUACUUGUAUCUUCGUGUGUUGUCGAUCCGUAAUCUAGUAUGCCAAUGAAGCGGAAGAUAUUUUGGUGGAUGUCUGGAUCAUAAAGAAAACCAAAAGAAAACACUUUAUUGGGCUACUCCUUACUAGGGAUCUGUACUUACAUAAGACGUACCUUGAACGUACUUGUUAAACAGUUAAACCUCACUCAGCGCUGAGUGCUGCCAGUGAGCAUUUGUAGACCUGCCUUCUUUCUGUCCGAAGUUCCUAUUACACGGCAUAUUCUCCUCAGAUGCAGGCAGCACCGGUCAGCGCCCUCGGCACCCUUGCUGACCCUCCUGCUCGAAUGGUCGAUGGUGCAGCCAUGGAUUACUUAUUGAUCGAAGCUGUGAAUGCCCUUCGUGUCUCAUCAGCAGUCGCUUCUGCUCGAGCAAAAAAAAUAGAGCGCGACAUGGUCGAAGCUGGUUUGGUUCCACCACCACCGCCAACCGCCAAACAACAGAAUCCGAGAGACAGUACUAGUAGCACGUCGGGUAAGAUAUCAGGGCCUGCGGACGAAGACGAGGGGGUGAGAUCUAGGCUGGAAGCUAUCGGUAUGCACAUUGGGGGUAACUUUGUGGAGAGGCUUUGCCGUGAUCGCCCAUUAUUCAGUGACUCUCUGGACGUUAUCAAGUUUGUUUGCAAGGAUCUUUGGGUUUCUUGCUGGGACAAACAAGUCGACAACUUGCGUACGAAUCACAGGGGGGUCUAUGUUCUUCAAGAUAACGCUUUCAAGCCGAUUACUCGAAUUUCUUCAUGGGAGGGUCGACAAGAAGCUCUUAAGCGAGCCAAGCUGUAUGUUGCACUUCCUGCUGGGAUUAUUCGAGGUGCAUUGUCUCGAAUCGGUUUUCAAGGGACGGUAGUUCCUGAAAUCACCACUUUACCUCAGUGCACCUUCCAGAUCAAACUACCAAAAAACAUAUAAACCCGUAACACUAUAUUGGCUUCAAGUAACACGUCAAUCCAUAGUAGCCCGAGUUGUGAAGUUGCUGCUGAAUUCGAAUCCCGUUGCUGAAAGCUCAGUUAAACGGUUGAAGGUGUUGGGGCCACCAAGUGGUAAGAUGGACAACAAGUAGGCAAUGUGACUCGAAGGAAGGAUCGGGUCUUGAGUCAGUUCUCGAGUUUCCGGCUACAAACUUCACUACACACUACUCUCUUUCUACCACAUGAAUUUGUUUCACGAACGAGAACAUCUGAAGUUGGUGAUCCUCAGCCAAGUUUCUCCUUGCAAUUACAAAUGUAUCAGAAUCAGUAGGAUCCUCA